CCCGCUCCGGGCUGAACGCGGCGCGGCCCCCGCGCGGCCCUUCAGAGCGGCGGCGGCGAUGUCCGAGCCGGAGCACCUGGGCGGCAAGCGGGCCGAGUCGGCGCGGCUGCGGCGGGCCGAGCAGCUGCGGCGCUGGAAGGGCUCCCUCACCGAGCAGGAGCCGGUGGCGGCGGGGGGCGGCCGCGGCCGGCACCGCGGCGCGGGGGGAUCCCGCGUCCGCUUCGAGGAGGGCGCCGUGUUCCUGGCCGCCUGCUCCAGCGGGGACACUGAGGAGGUGAAGCGGCUGCUGGGCCGCGGCGCCCGCAUCAACACGACCAACGUGGACGGGCUGACAGCCCUGCACCAGGCCUGUAUUGAUGAAAACCUGGACAUGGUGAAGUUUCUGGUAGAAAAUGGAGCCAAUGUGAACCAGCAAGACAACGAGGGCUGGACCCCUCUCCAUGCAGUGGCAUCCUGUGGCUAUCUGAACAUAGCAGAGUACCUGAUUAGCCAUGGAGCCAACGUGGCUGCUGUGAACAGCGAAGGGGAGGUCCCAUCUGACAUCGCAGAGGAAGCAGCCAUGAAGGACCUGCUGCUGGAACAAGUAAAGAAGCAAGGUGUAGACCUAGACCUGUCAAGGAAAGAAGAGGAGCAGCAAAUGCUCCAGGAUGCCCGGCAGUGGCUGAACAGUGGGAGAAUUGAGGAUGUGAAGCAGCCUCGGACAGGAGCCACAGCCCUUCAUGUUGCUGCAGCCAAGGGCUAUUCUGAAGUCAUGAGGCUUCUGAUCCAGGCUGGGUUUAAUCUGAACGUCCAGGACAAUGAUGGCUGGACUCCCCUCCACGCUGCCGCGCACUGGGGAGUGAAGGAAGCGUGUUCCAUCCUGGCCGAGGCUCUGUGUGACAUGGACAUCAGGAACAAGCUGGGCCAGACACCCUUCGACGUGGCUGAUGAGGGACUCGUGGAGCAUUUAGAAAUGUUGCAGAAGAAACAGACUGUGUUGCGAAGUGAGAAGGAGACGAGGAAUAAGCUGAUUGAAGCUGACAUGAACGGGAAGCCUCAAAGCAGACUCUUCACCAACAAAGAGAAGAUUCUUUAUGAGGAAGACACGCUGAAGUCCAUGGAAAUGGAGGAAGAGAACAAGGACUCAAGUAGUUCUAGUUCUGAAGAGGAGGAAGAAGCUGAAGAUGAAGUUUCAGAAUCGGAUGCUGAAAAGGAGUCAGAGAGGAAGGAAGAGCCCUUUGCCAACCACUCCAGCCGUGAAUCCAGGCCCAGCAUCACUGAGCAAAUGCCACCACCCGAGCCCAACUCCUUCACUGCGUCUGCCAGAAGAUUCAGUUGGCUCAGCAGGUCGGAGGAGCAGAAGGAUGAGUCACCGUCGUCGUGGCGGCUGGGGCUGAGGAAGACGGGCAGCCACAACAUGCUGAGUGAAGUGGCUGCCACUCGUGAGGCACAGAGAGAUAAGGCUGCUUCUAUCUAUCGUUCCUCGUCCAGUCCUCGGAUAUCUGCACUGUUAGACAACAAGGAAAAGGAUAAAGACAACAAGAGCUAUCUUGCCACCAUAGCCCCCAGAAGACUGAGCAGUACGAGCGAUGUAGAAGAAAAAGAAAACAGGGAAUCAGCUGUGAACCUGGUGAGGAGCGGCUCCUACAGCCGGCAGCCCUGGAGGGACGAGCCAAAGGGAAACGAAGCUCCCCAUUCUGGUGCACCCACCACCUAUGUAUCCACCUACUUGAAAAGUGCUUCAUUUGGUAGAAGUAGUGACCUGGGCAGUCCCUACAUUUCAGCCAGUCGCAGUCCAUCUCUAGCUACCUCACCCACUGCCAUUGGCUCAUCUACCUCCCCGGGCUCCCCGUGGCAACCUGUCUCUUCCUGUCCCACAUCUCUCGGUGUGAACACUCCUGCAUCAGCCCACCACUACACCAGAGCCCCUUUCAGGCAACAAACUGAUUCUGCUGUAGAGAAAAGCCCAGAGGGCAGCUGUGUUACCCCUCUAGGUGUAAUCACAAACCGGGCUGUGCUCGGCGCUGCCAACGGCACCGCGAACACCGGGGCUGCCUCCGCCCCGGGGAAGGACCUCUCGGCUGAGGAGGCCAGGGAGCGCAGAAGGUCAUAUCUGACUCCGGUGCGGGAUGAGGAAGCGGAAUCACUGAGGAAGGCACGGUCCAGGCAGGCCCGGCAGACUCGCAGGUCUACCCAGGGUGUGACCCUGACAGACCUUCAGGAGGCCGAGCGGACCUUCAGCCGGUCGCGGGCGGAGCGCCAGGCCCAGGAGCAGCAGAGCGAGAGAGCCGAGAGCACCGAGCCUGAGGAGGGCAGCGAGAGGCAGGAGAGCCGGGCACGGUGGAGCAGGAGUACGGAUGAGGAGUCAGUCUAUCGGCGACUGAGGUGCCCAGCACAGCCCGACAAACCGACACCUGUGUCUCCUUCAACGGCAGCACCUCUACUCUAUACAAGUUCAUACCUGACUCGAACAAAUAAAUAUCUAGCACCCCAGAACCUUAGCAAAAAGCACAGAUGUAAAUCACUGAAACCAAAGCAGUCUUUCUUUGCUUGGCCAGAGUGUGAAGAUCAGGAUUCAGACGACAGAUCCCUGAACAAACAGUCGAUCCGGGAGCGGCGGCGGCCGAAAGAGAGACGGAGAGGCACCGGCAUCAUUUUCUCGACAAAAGAUGACGAUGAUGAAGUUGAUGGAAACGAGGAUGUGAAGGAGACUCGGCAUGAAAGACUUUCCAGGUUGGAAGCAGCUACGAACCCCAGCACCAGUGACUCGUCCUACAGCGACCGUGCCUCCAGCCGCUCCAGUGCCUACAGCCGGCGGGAGAACCGGCUCGCUGCCCUCAGCAGCCGCGCGGAGGAGGAGAGUAACAGGGACUAUAAAAAAUUGUACGAGAGCGCUCUGUCUGAAAAUCAAAAGCUGAAGUCAAAGCUGCAAGAAGCCCAGCUUGAGCUGGCUGACAUCAAAGCAAAGUUGGAAAAAGCAGCCCAGCAGAAACAGGAGAAAACUUCUGACCGGUCCAGCAUGCUGGAGAUGGAGAAGAGGGAGAAGCGAGCCCUGGAGCGGAAACUCUCUGAAAUGGAGGAGGAGAUGAAGAUUUUGACAGAGCUGAAGUCGGACAACCAAAGGCUGAAGGAUGAGAAUGGAGCCCUCAUUCGUGUCAUCAGCAAACUCUCCAAAUAGGAAUCCUGAGCAAAGGCAGGAUGAGGAGGGGCCCUACACCAGCUGCCAACCCCACCACAAGCCCUCCCCCCCACUUUCCCAUCUGUCAUGUACAGCAAGUGUUUCAGCCAUGGGAUCAAUGUCACACUGCCUUGCCCUGCCCUUUGCUGUACAUUCCCUUUCUACCCCUAUUUUCCUCCAACACACCCCUGCCAUUUUAUAUUUUUAAUUUAAGCAUGUUGUGGUAUCUCGGACAUUUUAUUCAAGGAGAAAUGUGAGGACUGGGUUUGAGCUGCCAAAACUUCUGCCAGAAGCCCAGUAUUUGGUGUCGGACUCUGACCUGGAGUGGGAAGCUCCUGCUGUAAAAAGUGACACCUCAAAAACUAAUCCAGCACAUCCAAGCCCUGUACAGGUGGGAAAUGUGAACCCAGGCUGGGACUCUGAGGAUGCACAUCAACCCACUGAGAUGUGGGACUGGCUAAAUGUGAUGCUGUGAAAGCCUCCUGGGCUCAUGUCUGUCACAGGCUGCUUUGCACAGAGACUUUCUCCUCCUCUUGCCCCAGUAGACCCAGUCCUUUAUUUAAGAUUUUGAACCUGUUCGUUAACAUCAGCACUGACACUUGGCAUCAGACCCUUAUCCCUCACCCUCCCUUUCACCCAGCCUGGGUGAUUCCAUGUCACCUUCUGUUCUUCCAGGGCUCCUGUCUGUAAUUAGUAGCACCCAGUUGCACCUGGACUCUUGCUCCUUGGGACAGGAGGUAUCUUCUGAGCUUUCUGAAGGACAAGCUUGAACCCUUAGAGACCCUCUGCUGCUUUUACCCACCCUCACAGGGAGCUGUGCCCACACCAGAAACCAGCCUCCCUGUCCUAACAGCCAUCUGGGACGUUCUGCUGUCUCCAUGAAGGCAGAGCCCUGUAGUGGAGUCUGGUCUGGUAUUUUGGGUGCCUCACUUGGAUUUGCAGCAGAAUUUGUAGAGAGGGGAAAUGCCAGAGUCCUGUUCCCACCCACCCUUCUGUUGGUGAAGCAGCUUGGCACAGCUGGAUUCCGAGGCAGAGGACCAUGGAGCGGUGAUCACUUGUCCUCCCACACACCUUGGAAAGGUGAGGGUGCGUCGGUGUCAGACAGACAAGGAGCUGCUGGUGACUGAAUCACUGUGAUGAAAGUCUCCUAACCUGUCAAAAGCUUGUGAUAAGCCUUGACCUUGAAGGAAACCUCUAAAAAUACCCCUCUUUAAUCUUACAUGCACUCAGAACAGCUUGGAAUUGUUCUCCCCAUGGGCAUUGGCUCCUCUGUCCAUGCUGUGGGACCUGUCAUCAGGUCUGUUCAGCUUCCCCUUAACUGACUCCUCUGGAACAAUACCUUCCCUCUCAGAGACAUCUUGCUGUAUCCAAACCACUCUCCCAUCUACAUCCUUCCAUAUUUGUCCUUUUAUUCCCUUUGUCCUUGGACUCCCAGCUCCAUCUGGCCAAGGGUUCAGUCUCAGUCACUGAACCUGGAGGUGGCCAUGAAGCAGCUCUGCCCACGUUCCCAGGCAGCUCUGCUAUGGGAGAGAGAGAUGAGAUACUUGAGCAGAAUACUUGAGCUUGCUCAACAGGGUAAAAUUUAUCAGGCAAUCCUGGGCUUUUUGGAACCUUUUGCUGGUUAUUGCCUCAGAAAGCAUCUUUAUUUUUCUCUCCCUUGGGUUUUUUUCUGUUUGGGUUCCCCCCCACCCAGUUCUCCAUCUUUCCCCCUUCCCCUCCCUGUCCUGCCUGUUUCCACCUCUCUUGCUCUUCCUAGAGCUGCCAUCUGUCCCCAGGCAGCUCUGGCCAGAGGUUCCUCUUCAGCCGGUGGAGCCGUUUGCAUGGCGUUAGGUGCCGUUUCUCCUGGUACACUGAGGCCCUUCCUCUGCUGCUGAGCUUUGGGAGGAAGAGACCAAAGCUGGUAAAGGCAUCAGGGUUUCUGCAGAGCACUGCCUAAGCCAGGCGUCCUUUUUAUAUUCCUUGAUUUUAACCCUGCUCUAUUUAACAGCUUUAAGCCUUGAGAUCCGGUCAACGCUUCCCCUGCACGCCAUUCCCUCUUGGUGCACUCUUUAUGUGAGUACUUCUGCCGUUCUUGAUGUUUUUCUCUCUUGGUGACCUGCUCCUCACUCCAGCCUCGGGCUCUUGGCUCUGAUCAGGAGAUCAGGAGCCCAGUCCCUUGUGUGCCGUGCGGAGGAGAAGAUGCUCACCAGCUGAUGGUGAGGAUGAGAGUUCACACUAAAGAUCCUGUUCUUCUCACAGGGCGGGUUCCUGGCAGCAGGAAGAAGCCUGGUGUCUGUUUUAGGGAGAGGGUUCAACCCAAUCUGGCAAACCCAUCCCACACUGAUGCUUUGCCCCUUCCUAGCAGGACACUCACUGUGGUUUUUUCCUAAGGAACAAUAUGGGAAGGCUGUGGGAGGCUCGUUCCUCUGACUGGCACCUUGCAAAGCCAGACUGCUUUAGCUGAAGUGUCUGCUUAGCACUGGAUUCCCCCCUGAGCCCCAGCCAGGGGGGAGGGCCCCCACAGCUCAGUGUCCCUGAUCAGCCAAAGCUGUGAGCGUUCCCCAGUGACGGUGCAAUUGCAAACCAAAUUCUUGAGAAUUCAUUUUUUUUUGGUCUCACUUCAUGCCUGACAUAACCAGUGCACUGAGGAGGUGACACACAGGACACCUUGAGCCCUGCGUGUGGGACAGGGUGCAGAGCGAGCAGGUUUUAAAACUGAUCCCUCUUGGAACCAGAGCAUUUGUGAGAAGUGGUUUCCCUUAGGGAACACGAGUUGUUUUUUUUUUCUAAGCAGUUGCUUGGGGUGAAUUCAUUUUUAUUGCUUGGGGUGAACCCGCCUGUUGUGGCUGCAAGUUUUAUGAUGGCUCUUUGUAAAUAAACUCCUUGGAGAAGCAGGACUGGCUGACGAGAUGGGGAGAGAAUGUAUUUUUAUGCAACUUUUGAGUGGCCUUUCAAACCCUGAGAUGAAUGAUUUGUUUUACUGGUUGUUGUUAUAUAGUAUUAUAAGUGUGUUUGAAAGUUUGGGAAUAAUAUUCACAGCUAUGAUGCUUGUAAACACAACAGUAUUUAUAAAUGAAUAAAAUAAGAGUUGAUAAAAUAGAA